UUCAAGUCUUGAGUAGAAUAUUUGUGCCUUCUCUCUCUCUCUCCUUCUCUGCUCCUGGGAGAUACACAGGGCCGCCAAAAAACAAGCAAGAACCUGCUACUACACUAAGACUUUCUCGCGUUCAUUUCUUUCAAGUCCCUGGAGAGGACUGACGAUGCAGUUGAUCAGUUUGAGUUCAGUGCUGCUUCUCCUGUGCCUGCAGCAACCAGCGAAUGCUAAGAUUACAUUUUAUCAAAGACAUGAAGAUGCUACCUCGUGUAAUUUAACAUCAAAUACUUGUUGGAGAGUUGAAGGGCUAGCCUCAUAUGACCAUGGAGGUGUUGCAUCUCAGACAUUUGUCUUCAUUUGUCAUUCAGAUCAACCUAAUCCUUCUCUAAGCUGGUCUCUGGACGAAGGUUCUUUAGGAAAAUCUCAACAGAGUGCUGGCGAUGACUCUGUAAUCAUGUUAUUUAGCAAUCCUGUUGCAACUGAUGCUGGUAUAUACAUUUGCAGAGAUUCAGCAAAUAAUGAAGAAGAGAUGCUGAACAUCACACAUGCUAGCCCGGUUGCUCAAGCCGUCAAUCCAUUACUGACAGUUGUUGGUGGGUCUCCAGUUACUAUUGAGUUCUAUGCUUCAGCUGUACAGCCUAUUCAACCAGCUGAUAUAGCAUGGAGACUCAACGGCAUUGAAUUGACAUCAGGACUUUUUAAUUCCUGGAAAAGAAGUCUUUACAUUCCAUCGGCAGCUGCCUCUGAUAAUGGAACGUAUCUAUUCGCUGUGGCUUCUGGUACAGGUGCUCUUAAAAAAACCGAAUCAGCAACUGUUGACCUCAUUGUUAUAACUCCUCCUACUAUAGUAUCAGGUCCUCAGAAUGUGUCAGGAGUGAAGGAAUGGUCCUCCAUUAGUCUUUCUUGUACUGUAAUGGCCGGAGCUUCCUUUAACAUUAGCUGGAGCAAACUGAAUGGGGCUCUUCCAGUAAACACUAACAUUAGUACACAAAGCAAUGGAGAGAAUACCAUGAUCAGUACAUUAACAAUACCUAAUGUCCGAGUGAUUGAUUCCGGUUCUUAUCAGUGCUCAUCAUCUUUUACUAACGGAUCAAACUAUACUUCAUCACUGGGAACUCUCAAUAUCACAGGAUCCAUUCGACUGAUGCUUAUUGAUACUAAUAAUGAAUCUAGUUUAGUGACGUCACCUCUACUGUAUGUGCCUACUUCAUCAAAUUUUAAUAUUGAAUGUCAGGGAACGGGAGAAUUUGAUUGGUCAGGAGGACAAGGGGGCGGGGCCAGUAUAGCAUCUGAGGCUUCUGGAAGUCCUCGUCAGUUUAGUACUUCAACAUCGUUUCGUAGUUUAGCUUUUGAGAGUUUUCAAAUGGCCGAUAGUGGAUAUUAUACCUGUACUUCUACUGCUGGAGAGGAAGAGACUGUCUUCAUUACUGAUGCUAAUCCAGCAGUAUAUUCUCCUCUCUCUACCUUCAGAGUGAACAACCACACUAACCUUUCUCUUAUCAUAUACACAGACGGUUCUCCACUUCCUUCUCCUUCAAGCAUCACUUGGUACCACAACAACAUGACUAUAGAUAACUCCAGUCCUUACUACACUAUCAGUGAAGACUCAACAGUAUGUAGUAUAAUGGGGCCCAGUGAAGAAGUGACUGGUAACUAUACAGUACUGGUCACGACUAGUGCUGGGACUAAUACAAAACACUUUAAUGUCACUUACUUUGAUCCACCAUUCAUUACAGUACAGGAUGAGUCGGUGUCCAUUCUACGAGGCUCUCCUGCAGUCCUACAUUGUAAUGCCUCGUCAGAACUUGACGUCAGUCUCUCGUGGGUUUUUGAGGGUUCUCCGCUCCUACCAAUGAACUCAAUAGUGUCUGAUGAUGGCCACACCCUAACCGUGGGUACAGAGUCACUGGAUAAUGCUGGAGUGUAUUCUUGUGUUGCAACUGAUGGUAUCUCUGUUGUUAGUAGAGACGUGAGAUUGAAUAUUUUAUAUGGCCCUGAGUCAGUUAUCUUUACUUGUUCAAAGUUCAAUCUCACCGAAGGAACAAUGGCAGCUACCUGCAGGUGUAGCUCCACCUCCUAUCCACCGCCCACGCUUAAUUGGAUUUAUAACGGGACCAGUGUAUUGCCACCUGGUAUUGGAGUGACACGGACCAUCAGUGGCAGUCUUAUAUUAUUCUGGACGAGAGGUGUGGUUUAUACUGACGAAGGGUUCUACACUUGCAGAGCCUCUAAUGAUUACGGAUCCGUAAAUGAAACUAAUUUCAUUUCUGUCAAUGCCACGCCCAUCAUUCGGUCUUUUUAUCCAAGUGGCUCCGCCGUAACAAUCAGCUUGCAAGAAGCCACGCCCUCUUUCGGUUGCUUACCAAACUCCACCUUAAGCUACUGCAGAGUAGUCUGUGUCGCUCGUGGUUGGCCCGCCCCCUCACUUUAUUGGAUCGACCAAUCAACAUUAACUCCAGUAACCAAUAGUUACGUGGUACGAGAAGGAGGUGUGGUCUCUGCCGUAUUAGACCUGGCCGAUAUCCAGUUUGGAGACUUUAGUUGUGAAUCUGUCAAUAAAUUUGGGAGAACGUCUCAGACUGUAAGUAUUACGGCAGUGACCACACCCCCUGUGAUCCCGCCCACUCCCCCUCUUCCCGAUUCCACUCUCAGUGCUAACAUGAGACUCCGCCUACUUAAUUCCAACUGUCAGUCAUCAUCGGAAGAAGAGAUAAGAACUGAAAUGAGUAAUACAUUAACAGACGCUACUUUAUCCAACUGUCACCUCUGUUCCCGUGACAACGAGACCAUAACCAUAGAAACGAGCAGGUGUGACUUCGACGGGGCUACCGUCUUUGUCGCAAGUUUAAAAGGAACAAGCUCAGGCUCAUUCCAACGGCUUUAUUCCUCCUUCACUUCAUGGUGGUCGUCCAAUCCUCUCAUAUCUUUAUCUGGUUCUCUCUACCUUCUUGAUCACAAUUGCUCACUGCUGAUUCAAGAUGGCACUGAUCAGUUUAAUUGCGUUGAGCCUGUAACAGCUUCUUCUCCAACCCCCACUCCUUCCAGCGAUCCUAGUACAACUUCUGUCAUUGAUACUUAUCAGAUCAUUUGGAUUGUUGUUGUCGCCGUCAUUGCAGCUUUAUGUAUGAUUGUUGGUGUGGCCCUGUUUGUUGUACUCUGUCUCUGUGUUAGGACAUUGAGAAGAAACAAGAAGGAGGACAUUGGAGAAUCUAUUGAUAAUAGUUUAUCUAAUCUACGUACCUUCAGUUCUCGUAACGCAAUGAGUAGGUCUAACAUGGAGAUGGAUGCAUCUUUUGCCGGCUCCCAUUCAACCCUAGGGGGAAGACAUAGAGGCAGUAUCGAUGAUGAUGGAAUGCUCAGUAAUCCGGAAUACUUUGAUAGAGAAUUAGUUCAGCAAGUAAGGAGAGAAAGCAAUCUAUCGGAGAGCACUUCAUCACAAAAGAGGCUCCUACAGACCACACCUACUAAUGAGAUUGACUACCCUAGUUUCAGCCAGUCGCAGGGGGAGAGUUACCAUGGAAACGAUCGUCGCUCCAGUUCCCAUAGCGAGGUUAUAGUGAGUAACACUCCCAUACAGGAGAUACUGUACAGCGAUACGACACAAACUCCGCCUAAUUUCACACCUCCACCAGUUUUUACACCUUCGACUCCAGUUCCUCAGACCACUCCUCCUCAGUCGACGCCCACUCCCAUUAAUGUGUACGAUCAGAUACGCCCGACAGCAACCAGACGAAGCAUUUCUCUGGCACAGAAGGACCCUCGUCACCAGCAGAGUUCCACCCUCCCUCUCUCGCCAGCCCAUAAAUACGAAGAACCAAGUCCUCCUGCUCAUCCACGAAGUCGCAUGAGAAGCAACCCGAGUAUAGCCACGCCCUAUCCAUUCCCUUAUUCUCAACCAGUUUCAUCUCAAAGGGAUAUUAAUAAAGCGGGUGUGGUUAGCCCCGCCCCAUUGCACCUAAUGCAACGAGCAACUUCGGUCCCGUCCGACCAGCACUGGUUCCACCCACCACAGAGGGCAGGGCACCCUAAGAAUUCUAUUGGUAGUAGUAGUAAGCUACCAGCAGUACGAGAGAGAGGUACAUCCCCUCCUAGUGAUCACUGGUACCAUGGUAACAGUGAUAUAGUCACGCCCACUAAUGUUAUUGAUUAUGCUACCAGCUCAAUUAGUAGUCAGAGUUUAAAUCGACCAAUCAGCAGAGGGCACAGUGGAGGCGGUGUCGUACCACCCGUGAGACAAGGCGUGGUAUUGUACGAAGUAUGAGAUAUAGGAAGGAAAUAAUUUUAAAUGAUGAGCAUCACUUUUGUGGACUCAUAAUUAGAGAUUUACGUGACGCAAAAUUUUCAGAAUAAUAAAAAAUUGAUCAUUAUUUUUUAAAUCGCAUUUCAUUUUCUCUUAUUAUUUUGUGUUAUAAUUAUUUUUUGUCUCUACGUCAAUUCACUUUAUGUCUAUUAUCAUGAUUUCAUUUGUUUUGUAAUUUGAAAA